AAAACUCGAAGGGAGAGCAGGAGGAGGAGGAGGAGGGUUUGCGUUGGUGUUUUGGUUGGCAGAGAGCGCUUGUCAAAAAAAAAGAAAAAACGUUCCUCUGACAGAAGUCAUGAUUCACAGCAGAACGAGAGAGAAGCAGAGAGAGAGGGAGACAAGCGACAGAACAACAGACAAACGGCAGAGGUAGGGAAAGACGUAGAGGAGCCAGGGAUGCAGGAGAGCUCUAAACAGCAAGGAUGCUGAUUAUGAGACCACAUUACCAGGAUGAGAGCAAUGGACUAGAUUCACCGAUGGCUUCCACGACUGUGACAACAUUGAUAAGGGGGCAUUAAUCAUCAAACCCCAGCAGAAUGAGAGGAGCAGGUCUGACUGGAUCCUACCCUCCAUCCUGUUGCUCUGAAUCCAACAGACGAAAGCUCUGCUGAAGAAACAUUUAAUUGGCUCUAAACAGACAGCACAAUAAACAAGCUGAAUAAAUAUAAAUGCUGUCACGAUGUGAGAAGAGUGGGCGAGAAGAUGAGCUUACCAGGUGGAAAUAAAAGAUGUCCACUUUUGUUUUAUGUUUCCAUGCUUUUUGAAUCUGAUUGGAAUAUUUCUCCAAGAGGGAUUCUGUUUCGACUUAAUGCUGUCUACGUUUUGACGUUUUGUGGGACUUUCAACGUUAGAUCGCAAGAAUCUUCAUGAAAACAGAAGGAACAUGAUUUAGUUUUCACUGAACGAAGAUUUUUUAAAACCUUUGAAAGUGACUUUCCUUAAUGCUUCUUAUGGCCUUCCUGAACAUAGCUGCUCCACAUCCUGCAGAGUCUGCUGUAGUUUAACAAGUUUGUUUGUUUUUUUUACCAGAUUUUGUCAAAUUAAAGACUUCACAAUUCACUCUUCAAGUUUUAGACGCGCCUCCCACCUACCCCCCCCACCAAUCAUGGGCAAGCCUCUCAGCCGUCCUGGGUGUUUCAGGAAGAGCUCAUGCUGCCUGGAGAAACAUGCGCUUGGGGAUGGGGGAGUGGGAGGGCGGGAUGUUGGGAUGGAAGGGGGUUAUGGAGAUGGCUAUAUACCGCAGCGAUCCAUAUACGACACCAUGUGUAUAAAUCAGCAGAUUGACAACCAUCACCACAACUCUGGGGGCUCAGUGAGGCGAGACGGAGGUGGAGAUGGGAGUUUUAACUACUCCACGAGUGGCUCCCUGAGAGUCAGCAGGUCGGACAUGUUUGAUCCACAGCCACGUUCCUUAACUCCAAACCCAUCCUUUGUUCGGCGCCUGGAUGAGAGAGCCAUCUAUGAUUCCCUGAAGCUCGGAGCAGAUGACAUAGAUGGCUGUCACUCUCCAGGUCAUUUCAACCGAUCCGUUUCUCCCUCUGUGUCCUCAUUCUCUGCACCAGGAGUGUCCUCCUCAUCAAAGAAACACCACCAUCACCACCACCAUCACCAUGGAGACAGCACAAAAAGCAGAGAGAGCCGGCAUUCCUGGAAAGCAGUACUUUCUCCGAAACCCUUGGAGUGUGUGGAGAUUCCUACAGUGGAGAUGAUGGACAGAGGAGGAGGAGGCUAUCUGAAUCCAGGGCACUAUCCUGCUGCAGGGCAGUCCUCCUCUCUUACCUCCCCCCUCAUCUCACCCUUCUCCGGCUCACCUCUCUCGUCAGGAUACCACACUCCAGUAUUUUUCUCCCCAGUCAAACCUCGCCCCAGUCAGAGCCAGAGCCUACGUUGUUCCCCUCCCCAUCUGAUCCAGCCAAGGCAUUAUUCCCAAACCCAGAGCCUGAGGCUGUCCCCCCCUCAUGAGCUUAGAAGGUCCCCCUACAGGGCCCCCCUGGUCCAGCUGUCUGCUCAUGACCUGGAGCAGGACCUUCGGGAGCGAGGAGGUGGAUGGGGCCGCAGCGAGCGCGACAGGGACUGGGAGAGGGAGCGGGAACGGGAGAUGGAGCGGGGGUGGGCCCAGCGGGAGUGGGAGAAGGAGAGGGAGAGGGGGAGGCUAGAGAGGGAGAGAGCACGAGAGAGGGAGAGAAGGGAGACAUCCACUUUCGGGACCUUCGGAUAUGGCCGUUCGGUUCCAUUACGCUCAGACAGAGACUCUGUUUUUAUAGAAUCCGACCACGGUUUGGACACAACACCUCUGCUGCUCACCCAGCCCUCACCGUCACCCUCCCCCAGUGGAGCUCCCAGAAUGGGUACUGGAGCUGUGGGCAGGAACAGAGCUGGGUCAAAGGUUGGCCCAGAAGGGGUUGGUGGAGGGAUGGUGCCUAGGUGCAACAGUGGCAGUGUUAGUUUGAUGUUGGUGGACAGUAAAUCAGGGUGUGGGCCCAGGUUAGGUAGCGAAGUCUUAACUGGAAACAUCUCUGAGGCAGAAAUGAGAGCAGGAAAACAGGAGCACCAUCGAGCCGAAAGCUGGAACAAAUAUGACAACGGGUGCACGUCUAGUAUGAAGAACGUACUGGAAAAGAGGGUGGGCUCUCACGUAAAAACACGGCCAGGAGGAUGGGAUUUGGAAGGAAAAGUGCUGUCAGGGUUGGAGAAUAAGGAGGGACAAAGAGGAGUGACAAAGAACGUUGAGAAAACUGGUGGAACUACAACUAGACAAGAAUGUAUACCUGAUCACUCAAACAUGAAUGUCACUGAUAAGACAGUUGGUCCUGCUGACAUGGUUCAGGUUGAAACCGAUUUUGUUCCUGAGACCAAGCUGGAGCUCGAUCCAGAGGCUAAAGAUGACUUCCAACAGGUGGAGAACAAGGUUGAAGAAGAGGCUGAACCUAAACCAAAAUCCAAUAUUUUAAAAUCUGAGUCCACUGUAGAAGCUAAAGCUGAAGCUAAGAUUGCUCCUGUUUCUAAGCCAAUGGCAGAAUCAGAAUCUGGGAUUAGUCAUGGAGUAGUAGAAGACAGUGAGACUGUUAGUCAAGCUGAAACUACAGGUGAACCUAGGAUAAGCUCAACUGCAGGAGAUAAACCUGAAGCUGCUCACAGACACCAAGCAGAGGGAAAACUUGAAGAAUCUGAUAAGCCAAAAUCAAGUCAUGCUGUGAAAAGCUCAGGAUCUAAGUCCAAAUCAUCCAAGUCCUGCUCCAGGUCUCGACCGGGCACAGCCACAGGGAUGCGCCCAGGAGCGCUGAGCCCCCGACAAAGCAACAGGCUUGGAGACCUUGAAUCGACUGGGCCACCUGAAGGCAUUGAGUCCACUUGGCCACGCAGAAUUAUGUUCCGAAAGAGGACAGUCCGUCAGGGAGGGGCACUCCACAAUCUUCCUAUCCUCCCCCCACUCCCUUCUGUCUUGUCAGCAAUGGAGAAGAGGCAUCCACACCUACGGCACGGUUCAGAGAACCCAUUAUCAAAUAUGAUGAACCCCAUUGUAGGGCGUUGCUCACUGAGGGAGCCCGCUCACCCAGAGCCAGGACAGGGGAGCAGUUUGGUAGGCCGGUCAUCCCUGAGGGAGCAGAACUUAGAGCACUGGAGGGUAUGCAGGGAGCAAGAAGAACCCAGGAGGUCCAGAAGCCGGGAGAAACGAGGGGAGCAGAGUAUGGACAAGGCAGAGAAAGAGGGAAAGAAAGGAAAGGUGGAGAAAAGAGAAGAAACACUGAAGAAUGAGAAGGUAGUUGUGCUGGAAACUAAACAAGACAAGGUGGGGAUAAAUGUAGAGGAACAAAUUCAGAGGGAUGUAACUAAAAAUAAGAAGGAGAAAAAACAGAUGGAUGGUGAAGUAAAGCCUGAAAAAGUGGAGGACAGAGAGAUAAAGAUUAAAGUUGGUACAAGAGAGCUACAGGAACAAGAUAUGGAGUUGGAAACAAAACCACACCUUGAAGAAAGUGAGGUGGAUGUAAGAGAAGUAAUACCUGUUGGAGAGGAAGAAGGUGUGGAGGGUUGGGAUGCUGUCCUUGACAUGGUCAACACCCUUUGGGAUGACAGCUGGGAAAAACGCGAAGCAGGUGGAGAAGAUCCCAAUUCCCCUUCAGGCUCCCUGCAGCGUUGGCCUCUCCUCCGCCCACCAAUCGGCUUUGGGGGCUCUCACCCUCCUUCCUCUGCAGCCUCUGAGCUUAGCCUGACGGAGUUAGAGAGGAGGGCCCGGGAGCUGGACUCUGACCUGGAACACCUUGAUCUGUCACAGCCCCACAGGGAUGUAUACCAAACGCUGCUGGAGCCAGGAAAGGAACGAGCCGACAUGUACCAAACACAUCCAGGGCCACAAAGAGACAAGGCUCACCUUCACACAGGAGUUAGCAGCAGAUCCCAGGUCAGUUUGGAGCUGAAUGCCAUGGCUUCGACACCUACAGAUACUGACAGGUCAACUAGUGACUGGUCAACUAAAUCUGCAAGCACUCCCACUGGUGGACCAAGCUCCAAUAAAGAGGACAGCUCUCCAGACUCCAACCUGACACUGGAGUCUGACUCCAGUGGUGUCUUUCUCUCCUUAUCCAAUCAGAGCCAGGAGGACGCUGGUUCUGACAGUGACCAGCCAAUCAGCGGAUCUGAACUGGGCAGCAGCAAUACAUCUCUGGAGAAAGAUGGGGAUGAUGGAGGCUUGAAGGAAUGGGGAAGGGAGGAGAGUUCAGAGCUUCAGUGGUGCUAUCCAUCACUCCUCAACACCCCCUCAUUUGAAGAGGUGGAUGGGUGCGAUAUUGAAGAGGAGUCAGGGUGUGGAGAGGCCGGCUUAGAUCGGGAUGAGAUAGAAACAGCUUCUGUCAAGAAGACCCUGACGGAGCAAAAUGUGGUCCCAUACAAUGCCCCACAAACAGAAGAACCACCACCCAGGAAAAAAGUGACCCUUAUGGGAGUAGACCCACCUCUUCCUCUGUCUCCUUCCAAGCAACAAAUCAGACACCUUCUUGAUCCUUACCAGAAACCACUUAGAAGCUCAGGACUUGACUGCGGGGACGUGGAUCCCUUCGUCCAGUCAGAUAGCUUUGUUUAUCUUGCUGUGUCUGCAAGGCCUCCAUCCAAGGGUGAAGCUGCUGCAGUUAAAGACAUUUACACCCAUGAUGCAAAGCAAGAUGAUGUACAGAAACAGCCAGAAAGCAUUAAAGCACACCCAGGGCAACCAACCAAGGAGCCUGACACCAAGUUGGCACACCUUGCCCCACAGAAACCAGAGGAAGGAGACUUUCUGUGCACUGACAGCUUUAUCUACCUGGCUGCUCCAGCAUGCCUCCUACUGGGCCCUACUGGAACUACAUCCUAUAGUGGCAAGGAGUCCGACUCUGAGAGUUCUGGUUCUGGGCCGGUUGAUGUCUCAGUUCUGGGAUGUGGCUCCGUGGCAGGGGAUAGUGACUGGGACUCAGACUUGUCCGACUCCGAUCCUAGUCGGUCCUCUAGAAUCUCAACUGCCGGCUUAAAAGCUGUUGGAGUAGGGCGGUCCAAGAGGCCCCCUGCCGAGUCCGACUGGGACAUGUUCAGAGACACUACCGAACCGGAGGUGCUGGCAGAGCUCUUCACGGAGUAUGACAUACGCAACAAUGGGAAAUCCGGAAAGGUUACUACCAGCAUGGCAGCAGCAGCAGAUGCCCCGAUGGAAACUCCCUGUGAGUCUCCAACGGUAAAGACAGAGAUGCCAUCAGAGCAGCUGUCAACAGCAAAGAAGGUGACAUGGCAGUUCAAACCCACCCAGAGGUCCGUUUGCACUGGAAGCAGGAAGGAGAAGGAACUGCCAAGAUUUCCAGAAACGGAAGGAGGUGACGGACAUAGACCCUCCUCUUCAUCCUCAUCAUCUUCGUCUCCCUCAUCAUCGUCCUCAGGCUGAUUCCUAAAAGGGGCGUUGGUGUAGCUCUUCAGAGAAGGAGCUGAAGAGCCAACAGGUAGAAAAGCACCUGGUGAAUGUUUUUUCUUUUGUAUCUAGCUGCUGCAGUUGCCUUCUUCAGCCUUGUACAAGCUGCAUAAGAGUUGUUGCUUUUUCUUAGGGUUAGCUGACAGAUUCUCAUUUCUAAAACAGUUCAGUUUGAUGUGAGACUCAGUUAGGGCCAUGUUUUGGUAAAACAGGGUAAAAUAAUCGUCAUUUAUUCUCUAAACGAUUGUUUUGGGCUUUGUUCGGUGAAAUGAACUUUUCUUCAUGUGAACAAGCAGAAGAAAAUCCCAAACAUUCAUUACUCCGCUUCUCAACUUACUGUGUAUUUUAUAAUCAUAUCCAACUUUAUAGUGUAUUUAAUAGUGUUUAAUAAUAUAUUUUGAUCUUUGAGAUAUAGAUAAACAUAAAUACAUUAUAUAUAAAUAUAUACACACAUGUAAUUAAUGUGCACAGAGGAUCACAUGAAAUAUGUUUUAUUCUUCAUCAGGCCUUCGAUUAUGAAUAUUAUAAUGAAGCAGUAUGCUUGGAGAUUCAUGAUAUCUUCUUUGUUUAUUUAGCAUAGGGCAGCCAGUUAGUGAUUGUGGAGGAACAUUCACAUUUCCUCAUCUGAGGAACAUUUCUGAACAUCAAGCCAUCACUUUGGUAAACAUGCAGGAAACUUUGCGAUGUGACUCAGACCAGUCCAGUUUCAUGGCUUUACAGAAAGUGACUUUUUCUUAUAUAAUCGUUGCACUAUGGUCUCAAUGAAAAUUAAAAAUAAAAUGACAUAACUACAGCUGAGCUCAGCUGCUUCUAUCAACCCAUCAUGGACAUGAGUGGCACAUUAAUCCAGACAGGAAGGAUUAUAUGAUUUUUAAAAACAUGAACCGACUGCACUAAUUUUUAAUUUCUGUGCAUUUCCCCUGACCCACACAGGCUCAAAAAUAAACACGCAGGCUCAAAUAUAUACAUACAUUCAGCUGAACCUUUAAUAUGCAGUGCUGAAAGUUGAAGAAUAGCCGUUAUCUUGUUAACUUCUGGAUGGUGAUCAUGAUUGAGUGAAGCGGUAGUUUUCCAACAUCAUCAAUUUAAAUGGCUCUGUCACCUCUUUGCAAAUGUCUGGAAGAUGAUACAGGGUGGCGCUCACAUGAAAGGAAACUGUUUAUGAUGUUCAGGAACAACCCUGGAGUCACCACUGGAACACCAGUGUGAAACCUGCAGAUGUCCAGAUGGACAAACCAAACAUCUUCUAAAUGCUGAACUGCUUGCUCAUCAAGAAGACUGUUUGGAGGAGUAAAGGCCAGAGCACCUAGUAUCCAAACUGUAAAUCAUCAUGCAGAAAACCUGUUCCUGAACAGUUUGGAUUUGAUGGUGGGCUGCACAGUGGCACAGUUGGUAGCACUGUUGCCUUGCAGCUAGAAGGUCCUGGGUUCAAUUCCCAACCAGGGGUCUUUCUGCAUGGAGUUUGCGUGUUCUCCCCAUGCUAAGUUCUACCCAUUCUAACCCUAACCCAUGCAUAUGUGGGUUCUCACCAGGUGCCUAGGUUAGGUUAAUUGGUCAAUCUAAAUUGCCCUUAGGUUUGUGUGUUGCCCUGAGAUGGACUGGAGACCUGUCCAGGGUGAACCCCGCCUCUCGCCCAUAGACUGCUGGAGAUAGGCACCAGCUUCCCCGCAACCCACUAUGGAAGAAGCUGCAUGUGAUGGCUGAAGUUAAAGCAGACUAACAAUAGGUUUCAGGACUGAGCUCAACCCUAUUGAAACUUUCACAGUUCUACAGUUCUUAUCUACCAAUAAGUCAGAAAGAUGCAGAAGCUGGUUGAUGGCUGCAUCUUUCUCAUUCUUACCAAAUAUUAGUGGGGAUGUAUGGAUAUAUUUGAGCUUGUAUGUACAAUUUUGACCCUGUGUGGAUCACAGAAGCCAAAACCACUGCAGCCGAUUGUUAUAGAAUCAAUCAGUUCAUAUAAAUCCCACAAUGAGGGUAAACGUUAACACAACAUAUAUUUUUGCAGAUCCAAGUUGCUGUGUGGUGUCAGUUCUUCUGUGAGCCCAAGGUUCUAAACCAUGAGCAUAAUGUUUACUGGUAAACCUUUUGAACCCCUUUAAAUAGAGUAUAAAUGACAGCAAAACUACAAUAAAUACAAAAUAUAGAAACAAGUUAACAAAAUAAAACAAAUCCAUUUAAAAAAAUCCAUAAAAUAUUUUCCUAUUAAGGCUUUUCUACUUUGUAAACACUUGCAGAUGAAGCUUACCUCACGCAUCGACCACUUCAGUAGAUUAUCUGAACCUAUUAGUUGCUAAAAUUAGGAAUAUUUUAAUUUUUACUAGCUUCGCCUGUCCAAAAUGUCUCUUUUAUUUUCCUGCACAAAAUCAAAUCUUGGAGUCCAUCUCUGACUUCAUUCCACGUCUCACCGAGGGAAAAUCAGAUCCCUCCACCUCUGUUUGCUAUUCAGAGUCUUUCUUCAGUGUGGUCCGGAGGUUGUGGAGCAGCCGUUGUGUUGCUGGAUUAUCAGAUCUACUGUAUCAUGGUGAAUGUGGUGCUUCUUACCUGACGUUUGGAAUGAAACAGGUGAGAUUUAGGGGUAACGUUGUAGGAGGACAGGUUAACAGAGUAUUGUCAGAACCAGGUGGGACGUGACUUCCGGGGAUUGUAGUAGCUGUGAAAAAAGAGAAUAAGGAGUGUUUUUAAAGAUUUUUCUCGUAGCAGCUUCAACUGCCAACAGUAACACUGAAAAUAUUUGCAGGUGUUUAAACUUGAUGAUGAUGAUGUGAUGGAGCCUUUAAGCACAUAUCUCAGAGAAACAAAGUCCUUCUCUAGCAUAUCUGCUUUCAAUGUUUUUGGCGUUCUAAAUGUGUUGAGAAGGGACUGCUAUGAGUUACACAGAAGCUGUAAAACGAACCAGUUAAAAUCUAUUUCCUUUUGGUGGCGCAGUUCAGAAUUCAGACCUUCCUCAGUGGUGGGCUAAUAUUAGCAGAAGCUGCUGAGUAACAUCAGAACCAGAACCACAGAAACUAUUGAGUCACUAGUUGCUAUGGUGAUAUCCCGCUCUUCUGUGAAGCAGGAAGGAGGGGGCCAUGGUGCAAAAAUGACCAAGAAAACAGGAAGAAGUUUCAGACACACUGUCUGGAAGGACACAGAACUACCUACAUUUGGAUGUAGAAACUGGUUUAAAUCCAAAAGGUUCUGAAUAUUUCACCAGGUCCAAUUUUUUUCACAGAUUUUAUUGUACAUUUCUUGAACAACAGGUGACAUAAUGGUACUAAAAGUCCAAACAACUAUUCCAGGUGUGAAACCCCAACUUGUGACAGAAAAUGCCUCAAAAGAAACUUAAUAUUAAUAAUAAUAAAUGUACAUCAGUGUUUUUGCAAAGAAUCAGAUGUUUCAUCUCUCUGUAUUAAUUAGGGAAACCAAUUCUACGUGUAUCUUCCUUGUAAACAUAGUUUUACAGACACUGCAGUGUCCCUUCAUCAGUAAACAUGAUGUCUCAUCAUAUUUAGAGCUUCCAAAGCUUCUCUGAGGUUAAUUUAUUGUGAACAACCUGUAUUUGUUUCUUGUGUCCUGUGAGGUGGGUUUCAUUUCAUGAAGCAGACAGACAGACAACUCAUGCACAGCUAAUUCACUUUAGACACAGCUCUGAGACAGGCCUAGUUGUUCAGGCAUGAGAUGUGUUCCUUUAGCUGCUCCUAGCUAUUAGAGUCCUGUACCUGACCAGGUUGGCUGAGUCAGCUGAGCUCCGGUGUUAACUCACCUGCUACACCUGACCGAAGCUCAGUGGGGGUCUGAUGAAGCACUGCCAGGCUUUCAGAGCUGAUGCCAGCAGCACAGAUGACCGCUACAACUGUGGAACAAAGUGUUUCCAUACCUGCAGCAAUAUGUUCCCUUAUCUGGCAGAUGAUUAAACUGCAAAUGUAGUUUUAGAUUAUCAGAUUAUCAUUAUUGUCAGGAGGCUGCUGGCAUACUAUUAUGUAAAAAACAGACAAAUAUAAAAGGCAAGAACGGGUCAGGAGCCAAAAAGGUUUACAUAAUCACUUUUACAACUUCCCCUCUUUUCUUGUGUCUGGAUUUUCACUCACUCAAAAAAUAGACUUCAAGUCUUAACACAAACUCCAGCCAAACUGAAGCAGUGCAGCAAAGUUUGCAGCUCCACUUUGAGUUCAUAAAGGGAAGAUUUAUUUGGUGAAUUAUCCAGGUAGGACAGAGAGGUCAGCAAAGUGUUUCAUGAGAGACUUAACAAACCAGCACCCUCUGGAGGGAUUUAAAAGUUCUCUGUGAUGAGCCCAGCCUGCUUGUAUUUCACCACACUGAUGAAGGACUACUUGUGGUGAAAACUCUUAAUGGAAACACUAAAACUCCAGUUUAACCCUAAUCCACUGACCUCUUCCCCUUUGAACACAAUCUGCAGACAUCAGCAGACGCUUUGUGCUGACAGAUGACACAUAUAAUUAAAAACUGCUGUAAAAGAAAGCACUUAUCUGAUAAAUGUUAUGCUAAGAAACAACACCUCACCAUGACUAUUUGGCUGUUAAAUUGAGCUAUCAGUCAUAUCAGUGGCAUACCCUGUGCUGUGUCCUCUUCCUUCAGCUUUAGGUUCAUUCCUUCCCCUAAAUCCAAGAUACCAAUCAUUUUAUAAUCCAGAUGCAAAAAGGGUUUCCAACUAAGAGACUGUUUUAAGCGGCUAAGGAGAAAUCUGUCCUCCCUGCUUGUGUUGACUUCCACAGAGGUUAUUCACCUUCCCUGCAUAUAUGAUCUUGCAGUAAAAGUGCACACUCCAUCCAACAUCUGUUAAAAAGCAGCUGCCAAUCCAUUUGAUGCACCCCGUUGUCAAGAAAAACAAUCUGCUCUUUCAGUACUUUGAGAGAUAUCCAGAAUGUGCUGUGACAGACGCUACGUUACCAUACAUAUAUAGUUUUAAAAUAACUCAUCUUCUUUGAAGGCAGACGUUCAUUCAGGCUCUAAAAUAUGAUGAUUUUUAGUCUUUGAAGAUCUGUCUGUUUGUGUUUAAUCUACAGUACAACAUGUUUUGGAGUUGCCAGUAAACUAUGGAAAGCCAAAUUACUCCUAAUUUAUUCACUUGUCGACACCUAGUGGAGUCUUAUGAAGACUGUUAAACAGGACAGAAAACAGAAAAGGCUGUUGGCGGACUCAUGGUUGCAGCAACAGUCAAACUAGUACAGGGGCUAACAGGGGCCCCUGAACAAAAGAUAUAAUACCAAAUCACUUUCUUAUGAUGAUUGGCACAGAAACUACAACAGAUUUCUGGUCUCUUGCACCAAUUUCAUUUUUUACCUUUACAGUUUUACUUAAAAAUUGAUUAAAAAUUAAGUUGUUGCACAUUUAUCUUCAGCCGCAUUGAGGUAGGAUCACAGUUUUCAUCUGCUAGAGGUCUGGAACAUGCUGCUCCUGAGCUGCUAAUGGCUUUAUUUAAUUAUUUUGUUCUGUACCCCUAUGAAAAAAGACUGGCCCCACUCUGGCCCCCUGGUAAAUCUGUCCUAGAACCGCCACUGUCACCAAUCAAAGCUGUCUACCAACAAUUUUAGCUGUUUAGUAUUCAAAAAGAAAGAAACCGGAACCAAGACCCUGCACCUGGGCCGCACUCUGUAAUGCACAUAUACUUUUACUUCCCUGUUAAGAAGAAAUCAUUGUUUUACUUUUAAAGCAGCUGAGAUACUAUUAUGUUGCAACACAUGUAACUAUAGCUCUCAGUCAACCACAAUCAAUAAUUCACAUUUGAUGAGUAAAAUUAGUUCAAAUAAGCUUGAUUUUUACCUAAACGUUUCAUUAACAAACAAAAGUGUAACUCUUGAUGUAGCUGAUUAAAUAAGCCAACAAAGGUGCAACAAAUACUAACUAUUAACCUGAAAGUCUUGGGUCCCCUGACGGCCGGAUCCCUAUGCAUCCCUGAAGCAGACCAUUAUUUAGAAAUCAUAACUUUACCUCUAAAACACCCUUUACAGAACAGUUCAUCCAAUUCUUUACUUAGGCGUCAAACAUUUGGGAAUCAACUUGCAUUUCAUUUCUUUAUGUAAUCUUUCAGCCGACUGUUUGUUUAAAUAUAAAGCUCAGCAAUCAGAUGAGAUAAAAUAUGUGGAAAGUUUAACCAGGAUUAAUCACUAAUCUUUGGCAAGACAUCUGCUUUCACUGUGAUAGACUUUGGACGAAUGGCCAAUCACAUUCUUGGCUGAAUGUUUUUGUAAAACAUUGCUGAUCGGUGUUUUAAGCUUUUUGGUGAUUAAUAGUCAAGACCUUGGAUGCAUUUUUAAGGGGAACAAACUAUGAUUUAUGUUAAAAUCUCUUUUUUCUGUGUGCCAUUUUCCAGAAUUUGUUGAAACGUAUCAAUGUUUAAAUAAAGACUCAACUUGAUGAUGAAA